GUUAUCUUCAUAUUGAAACGAAACAAAAUCUCUCUCAAUUUACAGAGAAGAAAUAUAGUUUUAAGGGAGUAUUUUCUCUUAUUGUUUCCCUUAAGGAAUCGGAAAACCCAGGAAGAAGAAACUUGUUUUCUUUAUUAAUUGCCUAUAAAUCACCCCUUUCCCUUUGAAGGUUGAUUGAAAUAGUCUUUGGAAUUUUCUUUUUCUUUCUUGGGUGUAUUUAUUUGCACAAAUUUUGAUUUCCUUUUUCGUUAAAAUGGGAACAGAAGUUUUGCGGCCACAAAAUUGUUUGAUUGACAGGUUCAGGGAACCACAACCGGCGGCGGCGUUUCAUCGUCGGAAAAAUAAUGGGUAUUAUAAUAACAACGGUUACCGGAAACCGGUUGUUAGAACGGAGAAAAAGAAGUUGAACAGCAAGAUCCAGAACCAAUCUGAGCCGUCGAUUUCUAGGAGAUCUGAGGAGUCGAAACCGGUUCAGAUCCCUGGGAGAGUUACACCGGUGGUAGACGGCGGAAUCGUGAUGGGUCAGGUAAUGAUUUUGAGAAGGGGAGAGUCGUUGGAUUCUCUGAACCCUAAUAUCAGGAAAGAGAACAAAACAACGUCGUCGGGUAAGAAGAAGAAACAACCGGCGAGUGGUAGCGGUGAUGAAUUGACGACAGUUUACGGUACCGGAAGAUUAGGUCCGGAACAACCCGGAAUGUUCCCGAAAAAUAUCCGGGUCGGGCAUACCCCGACCGACGUUUAUGCCGGAUCUGCUUUCUCAAAUUCUCCAUCGCCUCGAUCUCUUCCUCUACCUUCUUUCUUCAACAACAUGAACAACAAAAAGCAAGUAGAAUUGACAUCAUUCGAUGAUUCAGCGUCGAGAGAUUUACGGCGGUUGCUCCGACUGGAGUAAUGGAUCCGACCCGUAUUCUGGAGAAUUACCUCUUAUAAUUCAUAAUAACUAGUUUGGAUUCUCCCCAGUCUCUAAUUAGGUUUAAGGUUGACUUAUAUUACUAUUAAAUCUUUCCUAUUCGCUCCUAAAUUCUUAUAAUUUUGGAACUUUCAGUUUUCUCCAUGAAUUUUUUUUAGACAUGGAGAAUUGAAAAGGUCUGAAAUUUGAGAAAAAAAUGCGAAUAAUUUCUUCUUCUUAUUUUAUAUUUUAGGUCUGGGGAUUAAGUAUGGAUGGAGGGGUUUAUUGUAUUUAAGGGGAAAGAGAUCGAUGAAUAAGUUUAGUUUUAUGUUAAAUAUAUUGUGUUUGUGAAAAAAAAGACUCUAAUGAUGGAAUUAUUGAAUAGCUUUUGUAAAGCUUUUUAUUUUGGAUUAAUGGUUAGUACUAUAAUCAGAACAA